AUGUCCCUUCCCAUUCCUGUUCCAAAAGUUGGUGAGCGUAAUAUUCUUAUUACCUCCGCUUUGCCAUAUUGCAACAAUUACCCACACUUGGGCACACUUAUCGGCUGUGUCUUAUCCGCCGAUGUCUAUGCUCGUUAUUGCCGUCUUAAAGGGUACAACACCAUGUUUGUUUGUGGCACCGACGAGUAUGGUACUACCACAGAGCAAAAGGCGAUUCAAGAGCAUUGCACUCCACAAGAGAUUUGUGACAAGUACUAUAAGCUUCACAAAGAAGUGUACGACUGGUUUGACAUUGCCUUCAAUUACUUUGGGAGGACCUCCACAGAGAAACAGACUGAAAUCACACAAGACAUCUUCAAUCACUUGAACGACAACCAUUACAUCUACAAAGAAGCCGUCGAGCAAUUCUUCUGUGAGAAGUGUGAAAGGUUCUUAGCCGACCGAUUUGUGGAGGGUGUAUGUCCGUACUGUCACUCUGUUGGUGCUCGUGGUGACCAAUGUGAUGCUUGUCAGAAAUUGAUCAAUACAGUCGAGUUAAUCGACCCACACUGCAAGAUAUGCAAGACGGUCCCCAUUCGAAAGAGUUCAGAGCACUUAUUCAUUGACUUGCCAAAGAUCUCUGACAAACUUGACACAUGGGCGAAUGAGACUAUGGAGAAGUACGAGUGGCCAAAUAACUGUUCAUGUGCGACGAAGGCGUGGCUCGGCAAUUUGAAAGGGCGUUGUAUCACACGAGACUUGAAAUGGGGGACUAAAGUACCUAUGGAAGGUUUUGAGAACAAAGUCUUUUAUGUGUGGUUUGAUGCGCCUAUUGGGUACUUAUCUAUCACCGCCAAUUACACAGACGAUUGGAAGAAGUGGUGGAUGGACAACGAGCAUGUUGAGUUGACUCAAUUCUUAGGAAAGGAUAACAUUGUCUUCCACUCUGUUAUCUUCCCAAGUACUUUAUUAGGGAGUGGGAUGCCAUGGACUAUGGUCCGUAAAUUGGCGACUACUGAGUACCUCAAUUAUGAGGACUGUAAAUUCUCCAAGUCCAAUGGGACGGGUGUGUUUGGUGAUGACGCGAUGAAGACUGGCAUUCCAGCUGAAGUGUGGAGAUACUACUUAUUAAUGAAUAGACCAGAGCAGUCGGACACCAUCUUUUUGUGGACUGAUUUAAUGGAAAAGAAUAAUAACGAGUUAUUAAAGAACUUGGGCAAUUUGGCGCAAAGGACGUUGACAUUCUCUAACAAGAAUUUCGACGGGAAGAUCCCACGAAAGAUCAUAAAGAUGUUAGACGUUGAAAACAAAGCAAUUGAAGAGAUUAACGGACUUUAUGAGCAAUACACUAAAGCAAUGGAGAACGUCAAAUUGAAGGAAGGCGUCAAAUUGGCGAUGGCGAUCUCAUCUGUCGGUAACAAAUACCUUCAAGACACAACGGCUUGGACGGUCAUCAAAACUGAUAAAGAGCGAGCAGCAGAUGUUACAUAUUUUGCACUGAAUAUCUUGUACUUCGUCUCGUUAGUACUCGACCCAUAUAUCCCCGAGUUUGGUCAAAAAGUUAGAAAGCAACUUGGUGUUGCGAUGAUGGACUUCCCAGCCAAAUUUGGCCUUAUUUUGGAGGGAAACACCACGUUGGGAGAGAUCGGUGUUUUGUUCCACGCCAUCACAAUCGAUCAAAUCAACAAAUUCAAAGAGCAGUUUGGAGGAAUCAAAGGAGAAGCACCAAAGGAGGCAAAACCAACUGUUAAUGAGAAGAAGAAACAAGCAAAUGUCAAGGAAGUGUUAGAUGGCUUCCAAUUGGAUAUUAGAGUCGGCCAAAUAGUCGAAGCUGGACCACAUCCAAAUUCAGAGCAUUUAUUAGCUCUUAAAGUGAAUGUAGGUGAUGAGAAGCCAAGAAGCAUUGUUGCUGGAUUGGCCGAAUUUUAUAAACCAGAAGAAUUACAAGGCAAAAAGGCGGUCUUUGUGUGCAAUUUGAAAGCUUCCAAGUUGAGAGGAGUGGCUUCAGAAGGGAUGAUUCUUGCUGCAACUUCUUUGGAUGGAAAGUCCGUUAAGUUCUGUCACCCAACAGAAGACAUUGAAAUUGGAAAACGUGUAGUUCCUUCCGAAGGAAAGGUGACGAUUUCAGUGAAGCCCAUUGUCAUCGAUGUUGUUGGUAAAAUGAAAUUGUCGUUAAAAGGUGGGAAUGUGCUUACAGAUGUGACGCCAUUAAUAGUCGAAGGCACUGGUGUGAAAGUCACUGUUGAUGAUGUAGUUGAUGGAACCGUCAGAUGA